CGAAUUAGUUAAAUUAGAUGAAGAUGAGGUCGAUCCUAACCUUUGGUUUAUUAAAACAGCACGUUGCAGGUUGCUUGUAAAUUUAUUGGAUUUAUAUGUGCAUGUGGAAUUUCGAACAGUUUACUGCCACAAGUGUCCAUAUUGCGAAGACAUUAUGUAUGCACAUUUCCAUUGGAUGAACUUUGGUGUGGCUUGCAUUGGUCGUCUGCACGCGUGCGGAAGUUAAAGGCAGCCUUCCAUGGGACCAGUAAACAAUGUACCCUUUGCUGUCCAUAUCAAGUGGCUUCACGGUCUCGUGAGGUCUCAUACCUCACCAUCCAGCCAGGAUGCGCUCUCGUGCCGGAGCAGUGAUCCACAAUAACGGCGCACCACCACACAAUCAUCCGACAAAUAUACCGGCGAUAAAGUGUUUUCCUUUUAAUUCAUCCGGUAUUCGAUGGAGACACUUCCGCGCACUUUUCCGGCGCUGCUGACCCUGUUCACUUUACCGUGCGUGGCGGGUAUGAAUAUCACGAUCGUUACGGUGGCCAUGACGAAUAUUGCCCUAUAUGGUUAUCAGUGCCUGAUGCCGACAUAUGAUGCCAUCUUUCCCAUUAUCCAGAAAAAAUAUCCAACGGUGUAUUCACAUAUUAAACGCCUGCCGGUGAUAAAUAUGGCCAAGGAUGUACCGCCGGGAUACUCGUAUGAAUGUGAUUUUGCUUAUGAGUAUAUUAUCCAGUAUGUUGGAGCGUAUUAUCAACAGCAUCCGGAAAUAUUUGAAGCCGAUCCGCGGGAAAAUUUCCCAGUUAUCCUAGCUGCCGAUUGGUGCGAUGCUGCCCAGAUUGAACUGGCGCGGUUUGUUACCGCGGCCAAUGUAUUUUACCUGGAUCUAACUCCGGCCAACGGGCUGCUCGACCAGUUCCAGCUGUAUCCCACCACCGCGGAAUGGGGUGUGCUGCCCGGCGCGGAAUUGGUAGCCGGCGUGGCAGCGUUGCUACUGAAAUUUGGUUGGACCAAAAGCCUCGGCAUGUGGUGUCCCACCGCCGGCAUGCUGGUUCCACCGAUCUUCUGUGAUAUCUUCCUGCAAACGAAACUCUAUAACAAAGUUGGCGCCGAGCAGUUCUAUGUGGCUGACGGAGAAAUUAAAGAUUUUUCACGGGCGAAUUAUAAGAAAGUACUGAGUGAGAUGCGAUACCGGACGCGCGUGAUUUUGGUUUUCCUUUUCCCAAAGUUACUACGCGAAUUUAUGGUUGUGGCGAAUGAGAUGAAUAUGACUAAUGGAGAUUACGUGUUUUUAACCUUGGCUUUCGAGUUAUAUGGCGCGGUUCUGCCUGAUCCGUUUACAUGGCGUGGCAAUGAUCAAGACGAUCCGAAAGCUUUCCAAGCCUAUCAGUCGGUCAUCGCGGUAUCCGAAGCGCAAAUCGAUUGGAACGCCCUGUCCAACCUCGUUGACGACUUUGCCCGGAUUUCCAAUACGGUGUACAAUUUUCCCAUUUCCCCGGGAACAAAGCGCACUCAAGCGUUGGCGCUGAUGUACCAUCUCCUAAUGAAUUUCGCCGAUGUGGUGAAUAAAUCUUGGGGCGACGCGGAGAAUUUCCGUCCACGUGUUCUAGCAGAUCACCUAAAGCACCAGAUGUACGAUCCGCCCGACAGUCCAAUUAAAAUGAGCUCCGAGACCGGAAGCGCGUCGUUGCGCAUACCGAUUCUGCGGCUGAAUACCGAAAGCCGGGAAAUUGAGCAAGUGGGAGCGUUCGAUAACGAGCACCAGAUCAUCAUCAUGCAGAAUCCGAGAAUGUGGCUGUGGCAUAACCAAACGACAUUUCCGUCCAAUGAUCCGUUGUGUGGAUUUGAUGGACUGCACUGUCCAGACGAGUCCGCAAAUUGGGGACUGAUAUUCGCAAUCGUCGCGUUAUUUCUGAUUAUUAUCAUUGUAUUGGGAGUUGUCUGGUUUUACCGACGGAAAGCCAAUCAGCUCGCCAUUGCGCACAUGUUCAUUAACGCAUCCGUACUGACUUUCGAGACAGUCGACAAUGUUCCUAAUAAAAGCCCGAACAGUGGACGGCAGUUUGUCUCGUGCCAGCAGGGAACCCUCCAACUGGAGAAUCAGCCGGUGUUUCUCGAGCUCCUUGUGGGCAACACUUCCGCGAAAGCGUGGUUUCAGAACGCAGCUGUGACUAGUCAACUUUUAGCGAUGUAUCGAUUAACGAACGAAAAUGUUGGCCGCUUUUAUGGGAUGAUUGCCAACGACAGCGGUGUCCUGUCGUACUUGAUGUGCGAGUUUGCCCAGCGUGGAAGUUUAUGGGAUGUGGUGCAGCAGAAAAACAUUUUAAGCGAUACACCGAUUCGUCUGUCGUUUCUACACGACGCGAUCAAAGGGUUAAAUUACAUCCACACAUCGCACUUGCAAUAUCACGGAAACCUUUCGGCACACGUCUGUUUUAUUAACAGCCGGUUUACGUUGAAAAUUUCUCAAGCUGGGUACCAAAAAAUUUUCAGUCUCACUUCCACGGAGACGAAGCUCAGCACCGGCUCUCGUACUGAAGAUAUUUACCAAUUUGGUAAAAUGUGUAACGAGGUUUUGGCGGAUGCAGAUGCCAAAAUAAUGCAGAAUCAAACAAAGCUGACGACAACAAUGGCGGACUGUGUCAACCAACAGCCGGCGCAGCGUCCCACCAGCCAGCAGCUUCUCAAGAUCUUCCAAACACUGUCGCAUGUGCCGCGCAAUGUCGUAUCACAUAUGCUGUCGCUACUGGAUCGACAGACGCACGAGCUUGAGGAAAUCGUUCGCGUCAAAACAGCCGAUUUAAUUGAUGAGAUGCACAAGUCCGAUCUACUUCUGGCGGAGAUGCUGCCCAAAUCAAUAAUACAACGGCUGCGUAAUAAGGAGCAGAUCCCGGCGGAAUCCUUCGAUAGUGUAUCGAUAUUGUUCAGUGAUAUUCCGGCGUUUGCCGAGGUGCUGAAAUCCUGCCCGCCCAUCGAGAUUAUCAAUAUUUUGAAUAAUACACACUCGGCGUUCGAUGAUGUGAUGCACAGGUUCGAUGCGUACAAAGUGGAAACGAUUGGGGAUUGUUAUAUGAUUUCCAGUGGUGUCCCGUUGCGGAAUGACAAACAUGCCGUGGAACUGUGCGUUCUUGCUCAUGCCUUGCUCAAAACCUCGCAUUCUUUCCGUGCCGGUGCGGCUCAAGAUAUUCUGCUAACCGUGAGGAUUGGUAUUCAUACAGGACAGGUAGUGGCCUGUGUUAUUGGAACCAAAUCUCCUCGAUACUGUUUAUUUGGUGAUACUGUUAACACGGCCAGUCGAAUGGAAUCUACUGGAUCCGUGGGAAAAAUUCAUGUUAGCCCGACAACGUACGAAGCUGCCGUGAAAAGCUCGAUGUUGAAUUUUGUCUCACGCGGCGAAAUCACCGUAAAGGGAAAAGGAUUAGUGCACACUUACUGGAUGGACAGUAUCAAUGAGAAGAAGCACCAAUAAAUAUGUCGACCAGCGCGAUGCCAACGUGUUUUGUACAUAUUAUUUCGCUGCUGUUUAAAAAGCGAUACUUCUAUGAGCUAUCUCAGUCUAUCUGUAAUCUUUGACA